AUGGAGAUCCCCACAGCACUUGGGCUCCUGGUAGAGCUCUUGACUCUGUUAUCCUGUCUCGGAUGCGUGGAGGCUUUCCUGGGAUCCCAGCCCAACCAAAACCAUUUGCAGAGUGCAGCGCCCGGCGUGUGUGGAGCCGGACCCCUGGGGUAUUACAACGGCUCACUGGCGGUGACGGAGGCCGGGGCAGAGUGCCUCAGCUGGGCAGAGUUCCCCGAUUACGUUCAGCAGUACCCAGACCGUGGCUUGGGGGACCACAACCACUGCAGGAACCCGGAUGGGGGAACUACACCCUGGUGCUUCUACCGGCUCACGUCGGGGGCCGUCGGCUGGGCCAACUGCGACUGUAACCAAGGCGCUGUGCGGCUGGCUGAAGAUAGCAGUGAGAAGCUGUACUUCAGAGGACUCUGGGGCACCAUCUGCGCCGACCACUGGACUGACUGGGAUGCCAGUGUCGUCUGCAGGCAGCUAGGUCUCAGUGAGAUCGGCACAGCUGGGAAGAAGACUCACCCCGGACCGUGGCCUGUUCCCCUGCACCUGCAGUCAGCGAACUGCCACGGGGAUGAGAAAGCCCUGCUGCAGUGUGGCUACCGGGAAGCGGUGCCUGGAGCUUGUAACCAGGGCAGUGCCAUGGUAACCUGUGUCCCUCCAGAAGGUGUAGGUGCCCCGCUGCGUUUAGUUGGGGGAAAGGAGAGCUUUGAAGGGCGAGUGGAGGUUUACCAUGACGGCAAGUGGGGUACCAUCUGUGACGACCAGUGGGACGACCGGGAUGCUGAAGUCGUUUGUAGGCAGCUGGGACUCAGCGGGAACCCGAAAGCCUUGUCGUGGGCCCACUACGGGCGGGGAACUGGCCCAAUCCUGCUGGAUGAAGUAGAGUGCUCGGGCAAUGAACUCUCGCUUGACCAGUGCAAGAAGAGCGACUGGGGACAGCAGAACUGUGACCACAUUGAAGACGCUGGGGUCUCCUGUGACCCUUUCACAGAGGGCACCGUCAGGCUGGCCGGCGGCCGCGGCCCCAACGAAGGCAGGGUGGAAGUGUAUUACAAUGGAGACUGGGGCACAGUGUGCGAUGAUGGCUGGACAGACCUCAGUGCCCAGGUGGUCUGCAGGCAGCUGGGCUUCAGCGGUCCCGCGACCGUGGCCUCUGAAGGGGACUACGCUGCUGGCCAAGGCUUUAUCUUACUGGAUGAUGUGGCAUGCGUGGGGACAGAGCUGUCCCUCCUGGACUGUCCCCACAGCAACUGGGGGCAGCACGACUGCUCGCAUGCCGAGGACGUGGGAGUCCGCUGCUCGCCCGAGAGCAACAUGGCCAGGGACGGCAGCCUGGGGCCUCCUGUGCGGCUGGUGGAUGGAGAAAGCCCCAAGGAGGGGCGGGUGGAGGUAUUCCUCCAUGGGCAGUGGGGCAGCGUCUGUGAUGGUGGCUGGACAGACAGAGACGCUGCUGUGGUUUGCAGGCAGCUGGGCUUCGGUGGUACAGCAAAAGCCAGGGCAAUGGCUUAUUUUGGCGAAGGCCAUGGGCCCAUCCACCUGGACAACGUGGAAUGCAGCGGCACAGAGCACACCCUGGGGCAGUGUGUCAGGCCCAACGCUGGGAUUCACAGCUGCUGGCACAGUGAAGAUGCUGGUGUGAUCUGUGACUAUGUGGAAGAGAAGGUCCAAGACAUCAGAACAGGUCCAGAGUCUGGUGUGUGCGGGAUGCGCCUGCUUCACCGUCGCAAGAAAAGGAUCAUAGGUGGAAACAAGUCUCUCAGAGGCAGUUGGCCAUGGCAGGCCUCACUACGGUUGAAGGGUUUUCGCCGAGAUACUCGACUGCUGUGCGGAGCAACACUGAUCAGCAGCUGCUGGGUGGUGACUGCAGCCCACUGUUUCAAAAGAUUUGGUGUUGAUGUGCGUCGCUACCUGCUGCGGGUGGGCGAUUACCACACAGGCGUGAAGGACGAGUUUGAGCGGGAGUUGCCCGUGGAGCGGAUCGUCCUGCAUAGGAACUACUGGGCGGGCAGCAAUGAUAACGACAUCGCCCUGGUCCGGGUGCGGGGCAGAGAGGGGCACUGCCUCUCCUUUAAUCGCCACGUUCUGCCUGUCUGCCUGCCCGACAGGAAAGAGAAGGCGGACGUCGACAGGCGAGCCUGCAUCAUCUCCGGCUGGGGAGACACAGGGAAGUCCUAUUCGAGAACCCUGCUGCAGGGGGUCGUGCCUCUUCUCCCAAGGGAAGACUGCGAGGUCCGCUACGGGCAGAAGUUCACCAACCGCAUGAUUUGUGCGGGGAACCUCUCUGAGGACAAACGGGUGGACAGCUGCCAAGGGGACAGCGGAGGGCCGCUCACGUGCCAGAGCUCGAGCGGGCGCUGGAUCAUUUUGGGGAUCACUUCCUGGGGUUAUGGCUGCGGUCGGAAGGACUCCCCCGGUGUCUACACAAAGGUCAGCAAAUACGUACCCUGGAUCAAGAAAGUGACCAAGCUACAAUGAGAACCUCUGAGCUCCAGGAACUUCGAGACAUGGUCCUUUUGCCCUGCAGCAGCAGGAGUCUGUGGCUUCUGGCCUGUGACUGAGUGGUGGAGAUUUAUUUUGUCAUUGGACACUGGGAAAAGACUUUAACGUAGAACUGGGAGAAAACCAGUUAUGGCUGAUUCAUGUGGUUUCACUGUAGUCCAUAAUCUCUGAGCAGAGCAAGCACGUGCACGCCGGUAAGA